CCAAGGCUUUCCUCCGGCCUCUUCUCCAUCUCCAUCUCCAUCUCCAUCUCCAUUCAUUGCCCACUCUUUCAUCCAUGCUCCUCCAAAAUCCCUCUCUCUCUCUGGUGGUUAGGGUUUCUCUCAAUCUAAUCUCCAUAGAUUUCUUCAUCAUUCUCGCUAAAUUUUAGGUGAUUCUAUCCGCAUUCCUUGAUUCUGAAACUAGGAUACUGUUUUUUGAUCUGUUCUUCAGGCAUUGCACUCUCUUUCUCGGUGGAGGAAUCCAAUGAAGGUGAAUCCUUUAUGAAAACCUUUGAUUGAGAUCCGAGAACGAUUUCUUGGGCUGGUUUUUUGUUGCGGAUUCAGCUCCGAUUUGAUCGAAAUUAAGCUGAAAACCUUAGAUUUAGAGGAUUCUAGGGUUAGGGUUGAGUAGAGGGGAGUGAAAGUGAGAUCUUGAUGGUUGCGAGAGUGGCAGUGGGUUGAGAUGAUGAUAGGGAACCUUAGCCGGAGCUCGUCGGUGCGGUUAGCCAACCGGACGUCGGGCCUCAACAGCCCUCGGCACUCCUUCUCCGUCUCCUCCUUCUCCCAUCGCAAAUGGAUCCCUUUCUCCGCCGCUGCCCCCUCGCUUAUCUCCAUUGCUGGUACCUUCUUCUUGUCUGCUCUUCUCCUCGCCUUCGCCUGUGCACUCUAUCUCUACCUUCUCCGAGGGACCUUUUUCACCGGCUUCGCGGUCCCAGAAGAAAAAUGCGACGUUUUCUCCGGCAGUUGGGUGCCGGAUACCACCUACCCUCUCUACAACAGCUCGGACUGCCCCUUUGUUGAGCGGGGCUUCAAUUGCCUGGCUAAUGGAAGGGAAGACACCGGCUACUUGAAGUGGCAUUGGAAACCAAACACCUGUGACUUGCCAAGAUUUGAUGCCCGGGAGGCCUUGGAAAUGCUAAGGGGGAAAAGAGUGGUUUUUGUGGGUGAUUCCAUGAGCCGGACGCAGUGGGAAUCUAUGAUUUGUAUGCUGAUGACUGGUGUGGAUGAUAAAAACAGUGUACAUGAGGUGAACGGGAAUAGGAUAUCGAAGACGAUACGGUUUUUGGGGGUGAGGUUUGAAGGGUAUAAUUUGAGUGUGGAGUUCUUCAGGUCGGUGUUCUUGGUGCAGCUGGGGUUUCCUCCAAAGCAUGGACCCAAGAGAGUGAAGACAACUCUCAAGUUGGAUAGGUUGGAUGAUAUUAGCCACAGAUGGGUUGAUUCAGAUAUUCUGAUAUUCAAUUCUGGGCAUUGGUGGGCACCAAGUAAACUGUUUGAUCUGGGAUGCUAUUUUCAAGCUGGAGGAUUGCUGAAGCUUGGAAUGCCCAUUACUUCCGCCUUCAAGAUAGCUCUAGAAACUUGGGCAUUCUGGGUUGAAACAAUGGUCAACACAAACAGAACCCAUGUUUUCUUUCGGACCUUUGAGCCAUCCCAUUGGAGCUCAAACAAGAAGGUCUGCGACAUGACACAACAACCUUCAUCUGAGGCAAAAGGAGAUGAUAGGAGUGAGUUUGGGGAGAUCUUAGCUGAAGUAGUUGGAAAGAUGAGAGUUUCGGUGAAUGUUCUUAAUGUGACUUUGAUGGGAGCAUUCCGGAGUGAUGCUCAUAUUGGCCCUUGGACUCACCCAUCAUCCGUUUUUGAUUGUAGCCAUUGGUGUCUUCCUGGAGUCCCUGAUGCUUGGAAUGAACUUGUCUUCUCCUAUCUGCUGGCAAAUGACUGGAGAAAGUUUGGAAGAUGAUUUGAGGACCAAUAAAAACGUCUUUUAUUUCUGCAAAUGCCGUAUUAUAUAUUUUGCAGAUUGGUCUGGCAGUCGCAGAAGACGAGCUUGUUUUGUCUCUGACAUGAAGCAGCUGCUAGGAAAUACAAUUCACUCUUCACUCUUUUUUUAUAUUUUUUUUAUUUUUUGUCUGGAAUUCUUUUGUAAUCAAUGAGGUCUAGCAUUUAUUCCAAGAUGUAACAUCUUCCCCUUGUUUUUCGCUUACAAAUGAUAAGGAAGUGAUAAUAUUAAUCAACUUGUAUGUAAUGACAAAAACAUUAUUGUAGAUGCCAGCUCAAUUCUUUUGUCAAUGCAAGCUCACAAGAAAGCUUCUGGUUUAUUUGCAAGACUGGGAAAUUGAUAACCCCAUAUGGUGUACCUCAUUGUCUUUGUUUUUACAAUAUUUACUAUCUUUGAAUUCCAGAGUUAUAUUUCCAUGUUGCUGGAUGUGAAUUAUUAAUGUUUUGUUUUAU